CGGCGUCCCCCGAGACUGCCGAGGGCGGGCGGGCGCGGGGUACGGUGCCCCGGAUCUGGCGACACUCUCCGUCCCACUUCCGGGGCCUCACUUUCACUUUCUCUUCCGCCGAAACCGCUCCCCUCCCCCCCUCCUCCUCGAGGGCAGGGAGUUUGGCGGAACUCCGGGCGCCGGGGGGCGCUCGCCCCGCACACCUUGCGGUCCGGUUUCUCCGUCGCCCUCUGCGGCCGGGCUCGGCGCUUCCUGCCCGCACCUCCCGCGCGGGGUCUGGCCGGCCCUGCCCCAGCCCCGUCCCCGGCGCGGGAGUGUGAUGCCCCGCGCCGGCCGGCGGGGACCGCGAGGCGCACCGCGGGCUCGGGCCGCGCCGGAGGCCACGGGCUCGCUCCCCGGGGACCCGGGCCAGCCCUUCCCCGAGCCGCUGCCCCGCCGGGGGUGAUGGGAGCAGGCGCGCCCGAUGGACGAGAAGACCAAGAGAGCCGAGGAGGUGGCCCUGAGACUCAGCCGAGCAGUGGCAGGUGGGGACGAGCGGGUGGCGAUGGAGUGUGCCACCUGGCUGGCAGAGCAACGGGUACCCCUGAGAGUGCAACUGAAGCCUGAGAGCGCCCCAACACAGGACAUCAGGCUGUGGGUGAGUGUGGAGGACCCUCAGAUGCACACCGUCACCAUCUGGCUCACAGUGCGUCCUGACAUGACAGUGGCUUCCCUCAAGGACAUGGUGUUCCUGGACUACGGCUUCCCGCCGGCCCUGCAGCAGUGGGUGCUCGGGCAGCGGCUGGCCCGGGACCAGGAGACACUGCACUCGCACGGCGUGCGGCGGGACGGCGACAGCGCCUACCUCUACCUGCUGUCGGCCUGCAACACCUCCCUCAACCCUCAGGAGCUGCAGCGCCAGCGCCAGCUGCGGAUGCUGGAAGAUCUGGGCUUCAAGGACCUCACGCUGCAGCCCAGGGGCCCACAGGAGCCGGCACCUCCGAAGCCGGGGGCCCCCCAGGAGCCCGGUCAGGGGCCCGACCCCGUUCCCGAGCCCCCACCGGUGGGCUGGCAGUGCCCUGGCUGCACCUUCAUCAACAAGCCCACACGGCCCGGCUGCGAGAUGUGCUGCCGGGCGCGGCCCGAGACCUACCAGGUGCCCGCCACGUACCAGCCGGAUGCGGAGGAGCGCGCGCGCCUGGCCGGCGAGGAGGAGGCGCUGCGCCAGUACCAGCAGCGGAAGCGGCAGCAGCAGGAGGGGAACUACCUGCAGCACGUCCAGCUGGACCAGAGGAGCCUGGUGCUGAACACCGAGCCCGCCGAGUGCCCCGUGUGCUACUCGGUGCUGGCGCCCGGCGAGGCCGUGGUGCUGCGGGAGUGUCUGCACGCCUUCUGCAGGGAGUGUCUGCAGGGCACCAUCCGCAACAGCCAGGAGGCAGAGGUCGCCUGCCCCUUCAUUGACAACACCUACUCGUGCUCCGGCAAGCUGCUGGAGAGGGAGAUUCGGGCGCUGCUCACCCCCGAGGAAUACCAGCGGUUUCUGGACCUGGGCGUCUCCAUCGCCGAGAACCGCAGUGCCUUCAGCUACCACUGCAAGACCCCGGACUGCAAGGGCUGGUGCUUCUUCGAGGACGACGUCAACGAGUUCACCUGCCCCGUGUGUUCCCGCGUCAACUGCCUGCUCUGCAAGGCCAUCCAUGAGCAGAUGAACUGCAGGGAGUACCAGGACGGCCUGGCCCUGCGGGCCCUGAACGACCAGGCCGCCCGGCAGACGACGGAGAUGCUGAGGUCCAUGCUGCAGCAGGGCGAGGCCAUGCACUGCCCGCAGUGCCAGAUCGUGGUGCAGAAGAAGGACGGCUGUGACUGGAUCCGCUGCACCGUCUGCCAAACCGAGAUCUGCUGGGUCACCAAGGGCCCGCGCUGGGGCCCGGGGGGCCCUGGAGACACCAGCGGGGGCUGCCGGUGCCGGGUGAACGGGAUUCCUUGCCACCCCAGCUGUCAGAACUGUCACUGAGCUGCAGAUGGCCCAGUCCGCACGCUGACCCAGCCCCACGUCCACAGCUGCUGUGGGACAGGGCAGGUGCUUGGCUCUGCAUUCUGGCCGGGGAGACGCCUGUGUGCUUGGUGGGGACAGGGACCCAGCAGAGCCACAGCACGCGGCCUUGUUUGUGUGGGUGUUGCAAGGGCUGCCUCUUGUCCACGGCCGCCUCUGCCCUUCCCCUGGGGCUUGCUGGCCAGACCGCUCAUCUGUCCUUUGUGGCUCCCACCUCUGCCUGGCCCCGCCUUAAACAGCCCUGCCAUCAGCCUGCUAGAUAGAGCCUUCGAGAGCCCUGCGUGUCCGAACAUCCCCACCCACGGACCACCUCGCCUCCCGAAUACCACGCACUCGGCCCACUUCCCGGCGGCUUUCUGGGCUGACUUCUCUGGCUUUGCUGCUGGAGGCCUGGGGCCCGAGGACUGCUGCUGACCCUGUUUGGAGCCAGGAGGGAGGCCUAGCAGUUCCCAAGGCACAGCUCAUCUGGCCCCGCUUCCACUCCCCCUCUGCUGCUUGUGCAGCUAAUGAAGGCGGUUUCCAGGGAGGGAUGAGAGAUGUCUGAGUGAGAGGGGCAUGGACUGGGACUCUGCAGGAAGCAACAGGAAGAGUAUGUGUGAGCUGCUUGGCACCCCUGUGCCCAGCUUGAGCGGGUAGGAUGUCGGCGUGUACAGGGGAAGUUUGCAGUGUGUUGAGAGGCCACAGAGCAGGUUCUGCAGGUCCGUGUGGGCUUGAGGGGCAGAAGGGGCCAAGGCAGCAGGAACAGGCCGGCAGGAAAGGCUUGCUGCUCCCUCUGCCACGAGUGGGCUUCCAGGGUCGGGGAACAGACGUCAGAAUCAGGUAAAACUGCUGCUGGUGAGGCUGCCCAUCCUAAUUUUAGUGUCUCAGGUAAAGGGCACAGCAUCGGUUCAGCAGUAUUUAUCAGUCUCCUCUGUGUGUUGGUCAGGGAUUAAUA